GGAUAAGCUGCAGAGGGCUGUGGCGCUCCCGGUUAGUGUAUCGUGCUUAAUUUUUCCUCCGUCUUGGAUCAAAGAGACGAAGCAGUUGUAGAUCUACCGGUACCGACUGAGCGUCUGUGAUUUUUUUUUUUAAUCGGGGAGGUUUCCUGUUAUUUUCAGGUCAGUCGUCUGCUGAAGCUCGCCCGGCGCGAGCUAAACUUAGACGGCACCUUAAAACAUGCCUCCCAUCGAAAAUGACGCCGUAAAAAAUGAACUCAGAUCUCGGAUACAGCAUCUUAUUGACUCCAAUCAAGUGAUAGUUUUCAGCAAAAGCCAGUGUCCGUAUUGUGUCACGGUAAAGAAGUUAUUCACAGAGCUGAAAGUGGACUGCAAAGUGGUGGAGUUGGAUCUCAUCGAGGAUGGAGCUAACUACCAGGAUCUACUGCAGGAGAUGAGUGGACAGAGAAGUGUUCCCAACGUCUUCAUCAACAAGAAACAUCUCGGUGGCUGUGACAAAACGAUGCAGGCGCAUGAAGAUGGUAGCCUGCAACAACUACUGACUGAAGACUAUGAGUAUGACCUGAUUGUCAUUGGAGGAGGAUCUGGAGGUUUGGCCUGCUCAAAGGAAGCCGCCACAUUGGGAAAGAAAGUCAUGGUGUUGGAUUAUGUUGUACCCACGCCGAAAGGAACCACCUGGGGUCUCGGUGGAACUUGUGUGAAUGUUGGUUGCAUUCCAAAGAAGCUGAUGCACCAGACGGCCCUGCUGAGUAUAGCCAUGCAGGAUGCGCGCAAGUUUGGUUGGGAGUUUGACGAAACAGUGAAACACAACUGGGAGACAAUGAAGACUGCAAUCAAUAACUACAUUAGCUCCCUGAACUGGGCCAACAAGGUUGCACUGAGAAACAAGAAGGUCAACUAUGUCAACGCCUAUGCAGAGUUUGUUGAUCCACACAAAAUCAAAGCAACAGACAAGAAGGGGAAGGAGACAUUUCACACAGCAGCUAAGUUUGUGUUGGCUACAGGUGAGAGGCCGCGCUACCUUGGAAUCCCUGGAGACAAGGAGUAUUGCAUCACUAGUGAUGACCUGUUCUCAUUGCCGUACUGUCCGGGAAAGACUUUGUUGAUUGGGGCUUCUUAUGUUUCUCUGGAAUGUGGUGGUUUCCUGGCCGGACUGGGUCUUGAUGUCACCAUCAUGGUUCGGUCCAUUCUCUUGAGGGGUUUUGACCAAGACAUGGCUAACCGCGCUGGGCAACACAUGGAAGAGCACGGCAUCAAAUUCCUACACAGAUGCAUCCCGCUAAAGAUAGAGCAGCUGGAAGCGGGCACUCCUGGCAGGUUGAAGGUGAUGGCAAAGUUCACAGACACAGAUGAGAUCAUCGAGGGAGAGUACAACACUGUGCUGAUCGCUGUGGGCCGAGACGCGUGCACAGACAAGAUCGCUUUGGACAAGGCAGGGGUUAAAGUCAACGCCAAGAAUGGCAAAAUUCCAGUAAAUGAUGAGGAGCAGACAAAUGUCCCGCAUAUCUAUGCCAUUGGUGAUAUUCUGGAUGGCAAGUGGGAGCUGACACCUGUGGCCAUUCAGGCUGGCAAGAUGUUGGCGCGUCGUCUCUAUGGAGGCUCAAAAAUGAAGUGUGACUACAUCAACGUGCCCACCACUGUGUUCACCCCGCUGGAAUAUGGCUCCUGUGGACUCUCAGAGGAAAGAGCUUUGGAGAUUUACGGGCAGGACAACAUCGUUGUGUUCCACAGUCUGUUCUGGCCUCUGGAGUUCACUGUUCCUAGCCGUGACAACAACCAAUGCUAUGCCAAGAUCAUCUGCAAUAAACUGGACAGUGACAGAGUAAUUGGCUUCCACUACCUUGGUCCAAAUGCUGGUGAGGUGACGCAGGGCUUCGGUGCCGCCAUGAAAUGUGGCGCCACCAAAGAGCAGCUGGAUGGCACCAUCGGCAUUCACCCCACUUGUGCUGAGGUCUUCACCACUCUGGAGGUGACAAAGAGCUCCGGUGCAGACAUGGCCCAGGCGGGUUGCUGAGGUUAAACCCUGCUGGUUUAGCGGACCGCCCUCUGGUCUGAGUCCAGCCGCCUCUGGCUCACGGGUCCUGACUCGGUGAGGUCCGUGGGAGUUGAGAGGUGACUGGGUGAAGUUGGCUCUGAGGUUGUUUGGCGUGUGGGCAGUCUGCUGAACAGCGGGAUUACUCUGCUGCUUUUUCUCCUGGACUCUACCGGUGUGUCUGUUAGAGGAGCACCAGCACACACACUCGCACUGCGCACAGUGCGUGCGUGUGUGGUUUUUGGGCUGUUUGUGACGUCCUCACCCGUAACCCAACAUGCUGGGUGGUUGAGGAUCGAUGUGCUCUGCAGACGCACCUGAUGGUGACCUGAUGCUUUCGUCCAACCCCCUACCAUCAAACUUAUAUUUCCCCAGGCCGAAGGACCCCCCCCAAUUCUGGAUUUAACCUGGUUCACAGCCAGGGUUUGAAUGGGUGCAGGGCUCGGGGUUCUGAUUCAGGAGCCACAGAUUCAUCCAUUGAGUGCAUGAGUUAAACAUCUACUCAUCACCAAACGUUUGGUUUGCUGAACUACAACUCAAAACACAACUUGAAUUUUCCUGAAUGUCUUUUUAAAAUAUAUUCAUAAAACAGUUUGUACUGAAUUGUCUAUAUUAAGGUUCUUUUUUUUGCUUUGUAUGGUUUCCUGUCUGCGUGGUGUUGGUGUUCUGUCAGACGUACAGUCGUUACUAUAAAUGGUGUUUGUUUCAAACCACUGGUUAAUUCUGUCAAGACUUAAUAAAGGAUUAAUGCAACUG